AUGGCCUGCACUUGCGACAAGAACUCUGCCAACGAAACAUUCUCCUUCACGCUUUGCGUCAGGCCCCCUUUCGAGUUCACUUUCGACAGGCCACUCUCAGCGCCUGUUCCAACCAAUCGAGCCUUCAAACGUCGGCGAGCGCUAUCUGAUGUCGACGGCGACGGCAAUGAGGGGAGAAAGAAGCGGCGAUUACGGCUACACCUCAUCACAUCACGUCUAAGCCGCCCAUACUCCCAGCCGGCCACCAACAUUGUAAACCGCGGCAUUUCUAAGAUUUCCAUAAGGGGGAGAAACAAAGCACUUGGCAAGAACCUGUUGAGGAAAGCUGCCAUCAUGAACCGAUUGAGAUUGCGGAUGGAUGCAGCGAAUGACCAUGUGCGCCGCCAUCAUGAGCCAAAUAAGGAGACGUUGGCGUUGAGUGAGAUUGUGGUUAAGAAGCCGAGAUAUCAUGAGGUCCCACUACCGCCAUCACCUCUCGGUCUUUCAAACUAUGAUGCCUUGGACUUGGAGGAUGAGAUGUCAGAUGAUGAGCAAGAUGGAAGCAUCGAGCGAUGCUCGUCCAUCUAUAGUGAUUUCAAUAUCAUGGACCCGAUAACUAGCGAUGGCGAUGCCUCCGACUACCUUGACGCCCUCGAUGGCAUCUCGCCGAAUGAUCUCCCGGAUACACCACCGCCUCCACCAUCAGAUGAUAGUAUUGUUGAGAUGCUGAGGGAGACGGGAAAUCAUGGAGAGGGCAUCUUCGUGCAUGUGAGAGGAUAG